CACAUCUUCACUCCUGCAGUGGCUACACUUGUCUCCUGCAAGGGAUCUGCUGUAGCCUCUUGCAUUUCUAGGUAGCUGCUCAAGCCUCAUUCCACCUUCUCUGCCGCCAGUCACAUAGGUCCUGAAGAAAUGGCGACGCCCUUCUCAAAGAGUCGGAGGAAGAAGCCCUUCUUCGCUGGCUCUCACCUUGUGUUGAGCAUCCUUGGUGUUGUGCUGGUUGUUACGGUUUUGCAGCUGCAGACAGUGGCCGCAGACAACACUUUGCAGGAUCAAUGGUACUCCUUAACCCCUUCACACAGAGCAGGCCACGCCCGCCACAUUCUUCAGACCGUCAUUGACCUCAGCACCGCAUCAUCCGACGGCCCCAAGCGGCCCCUCGCUGUUUCGUCCCGCACAGACCCCCUCGACUCUUUCCACCAGUACCGCGGCGGGUUUGACCCCACAAACAAGCACUACUGGGGCUCUGUGAUAUGGCUCGGCAUCUGGGGUUACGUCAUCGGUGUGUUCUGGCUCCUGGUCGGCGUGCUGUGGGCGCUCGCCACGUGCUGCUACUUCUGCUGCUGCCGGAGCAAGACCGCAAAGACGAGCGGCUACUCGCGGGGCUACUACUGCUGCCCUGCGGUUGUGGUCAUCCUCCUCUCUGCAAUUGCGCUGGCCGGCGCAGCGCUAACCUUCUACGGCGAGUCCACAUUCCGACGCGACUCGCGCGACACCCGCGACUUCGUGCUGCUGACGGCCGCCAACACGACCGCUGACGUGCGCAACGUCACGGGAACGCUCUCGGCCGCGCAGAACGUCAUCACGGAGGUCUCGCCGAGCGAGGGCCAGACGCUGCAGGACGUCAUCACGUCGCUGAACAACGCGGCGGACGACGUGGACCGGAAAGUGAACAAGAACAAAAAGGCGGUGGAUACGGGGCUGAAGGUCGUAGACAUCGUCUUGAUUGUCGUGGCCUCGUGCCAAAUCUUCAUCGUAGUCGUCGCCUUAUUCGCGCUGUGGUUCAAGUGGUCGUUCCUGCUUCUGCCCAUCAUCAUAUUGUCGUGGCUCUUCUGCGUCUUCGGCUGGAUCGUCGCCGGCGUCUGGUUCUCCGUCUACCACGUCACCACCGACACGUGCACCGCGAUGCACGAGUACACGCUGGACCCCACCAACACGACGCUCGACACGAUCCUCCCGUGCGUUGACCGCACGAGCGCGCAGAACACGCUGCGCACCGCGCGGCGCUCCGUUAAUCGCCUCGUCAAUGCGACGAACGGCCAGAUCACGACCCUGAACGCCCAGCUCGCGAGCGGGGGCGCCACGACCGUGCUGCCGUUCGUGUGCUUGCCAUACGGAGGAGAGCCCGACUACCCGCCGAUCCCGUGCCCCUCGGGCCAGGUGGAUCCGCUCCAGCUGUCCACGGCGAUACAAGCGUACCGCUGCACGGGCACUGACGUCAACACCUGCGCCCUGGCGGGGACUCCGCUGACGCCAUCCCUGUACACGCUGGUGGAGCCCGUCGUGGGCGCGAUCACAAAUAUCUCGCGGUCAAUACCGACGAUGGUCGAGCUUGCCACGUGUCAGUUUGUGACUGACGCGUUUAACCACCUGGUUAGCACGGAAUGCCCGAAGCUUAGGGAGGACGUGAUUUACAUCACGGUGGCGUUCACGACUGCGUCAUCAGCGCUCCUGUUCCUUUGCAUAGGCUGGUUUGUAGUUUCGCGGCGCGCGCUGCGCGUGAAGCGGACGAACAAGUUCCAUACGGAGGGGUACGAGUAUAAGGACCAGUUUGGGCAGCCGGUUGCGGCAGAGGCGCCGUUUGCUCCGAAUCGUGUCGCACGCGUUUAAUUUGGGUGGCUAGGAGCAAAUUUAGGCCCGCCAUUAAGUUGCAAUAGGGUUGCACCUUGUACACCAUCAUUAGUUGGAGAUGGAGGGACUUGGCCAGAUUGCUGAGAUUGAAGGAUUUAGGGCUGCGUAACACCAGCUAUGGAGUUGCAACUGCUGAUUAACAGCUUGUCAUACGUAUAAACAUCAUCGUUCACUGAUGUUACAGAUAGACAGACGAGGGUUUAUAGAUUCUAUGCAACUGGACCGCCACAGCGGUUAGAAUGGUGAUAUGUAUCGGGUUCCUAAAGGCGCUUGCGAUCCAUUCGUCAUUUGUAAACGAAGGUUGGAAGUGUUGGACACCUUGAGUGAUACCUGCACAUUCAACAUCGCUGAUGU